AUGUUGAUUGCUGUUCUGGAUGAAAACACAUUCUAUUGUAAUCAAAACAAAGCACUGGUCGCAAGAAUGAGCGGUCAUGAUGUUGCCCAAGACGACGAGAUUCUUGUCAACGAUGGUACCGGUCUGUACUCGCAUUGCUAUUUGUGCCACACGCCAGCCGUCCAGGAUGAAUUCUGUCAUCUUUUCCCUGAGCCGGAGUUUUUCUCGCCCGUUAAAACAAUAUGUGAUGUGCUGGACGUGGCACUAGUGCCGGAACUGUGCCACUCGCUGAUCAUUUGCAAGCGUUGCAAUACACUGUGUGCAGAGUACCAGUCGUUGGCUGAACGUAUGGAAAUCAUACACAGGACAAUAACAACGACCUACAAUCAAACCGUCAUGAAGCUGACUGGCUUAACGGAGACGGACAUCAAGGAAGGAUUGGUUGCGGUUGAGUACAACGACAACAUUGAUCCGGAACUGCACACUUUUAACAAAGAACUGAUGUCCAUGGAAGAUAUGUUUGGAGAGCUAAAUCCUGACGAGAUACAGGUGGACCCAUCUUAUCAGAAUUUACAAGAUAGCGCAUCUCAUUUACAUUCGGAUGUUGUGUCGGAAGACUGUAUACAGUUCAUAAAGGUUGAUGAACGUGUUACACCCCUGCUGCCGACCGAACCCGAUGAGCAGCAAGAGAAAAUUGUCGCUCAGGAACUUACCGUUGAAGAAACGAUUAAACGGUAUAUAAUUGAACCGGACGAUACGGUCGUUGAAGUGGACGAAGAAGAUGGAACAUCCAUCUAUUGCGUGUACAAUGACGUGAUGGAUUCGUUGAGUGACACGGAAGAGCCACCGGCAACGGAAGCGGUAGUGCUGCACGAUGUACUUGAGACACAUGGUAUGCUGGAGAACGAUGAUAUUACCAUCGAUAAUGCAUCGCAGGCAAGCGAAGAUGGAGUAAACGAGAUUCAGGAAUCCGUAUCUGCAACCUCGCUGCUGUUAAAAGAGGCAGAAAUUUCUGAAGCAGACUCUUCAGCAUUAACUGAACGAGAUGAUGUUAGGCCGUAUUACGUAAAAAUAGAAAACUACUAUUACUGUAUAGUCUGCCCUACAAACAAUGACGAGACAACGGUUUCGACGAACGGCAUUAAGCAAAUGGCGGACCAUUUAAGCAAAGAUCACAAUAUACUAUCCCAUACCUGCCAGCUGUGUGAUGCCAUAUACUUUCAGCGUGAGGAUUACGUUAACCAUCUGGCCACGCACGCCACGGAAGGGAAAAAUUCGCAAGCUAGUAAACUGAGCUGUGAUCAGUGCGAUGCAACGUUCGCCAAACAAAGUGCGCUUGAUUUGCACCGCAAAACGCACCCGAGCGUUAAGAACAAGGUAUGGCACUGUGAGCUGUGCGAUAAGAAGUACACAUCGAAAGCGUUCUUUGAGGUGCACAUGAACAAGCACGCCGGUCUGCGACCGUUCAAGUGUACCGUCUGCUCGAAAGACUUUAGCUCCAAGUACGCACUGGCAGUGCACCUGAAAACGCACUACGAGCGUCCCCGUACGUUCGUUUGCAAGGAGUGUGGCAAUGCGUUCUACAGUCGGCACAAUUUGGUGCAGCACGAACGAACGCAUCGGGCAGAGCGAGAGUACGAGUGUGGCGAUUGUGGGAAGAAAUUUUUCACCCAGCAUAAUUUGAACGUGCACAAGGUUAUUCACAGCAAUAAUAAGGCUUUUGCUUGUCCGCAGUGUGGCAAGAAGUUUGCACGCAAAGCGGAAUUUCGAGACCAUGAGCGUACGCAUACAGGUGAGAAACCGUUUGUGUGCGAUAUGUGCGAUUUAGCCUUUGCCCAACGGUCCAACCUUAACUCGCACAAGCGGCUAACACAUUUCAAUGACAAGCGGUACAAAUGUGACAUAUGUGGCGCUUGCUUCAAGCGUCGAAGAUUGCUAGACUACCACACCAGAGCGAUGCACACGGGAGAGCGGCCGUACAAGUGUGAGCUGUGUCCUGCUUCCUUCGUGUAUCCGGAACACUUUCAAAAACACAAACGCAUUCACACUGGGAUCAAACCGUACGCGUGCGAGGUGUGCAACAAAACGUUUACCAGUCAGGAUAAUCGGAAUGCGCAUCGUUAUGUGCACAGCGACAAGAAACCGUACGAAUGUGUUACGUGCGGUAGUGGGUUUAUGCGCAAAGCGCAACUCUACACACACAUGCAGGAGCAGGGCCAUCUGAACGACACGAUAGUGGUGAACCAGCCCCGUAUCAGUGCGAACGAUGCGAUCGAGUUCGAAACGGAAUCGUUGGUGAUCGACGGGCAGGUUGAUGGGGAGCAAAAUCCGGACGUGGAACCCAUUUCGGACGAUGAACAUACACAAAUCACGUUCAUUUGCGAUGAGGAGUAUGUGGAUGGGGUGUCAGAAAUGGAAUAG